AUGCAUGUAUUAAACAACGGAACUCCGUUGACUAAUGGGGAAGUUUAUGCUCUUCUCCGUCGACGCCGAGACGAACGUAGCGCAGAAGUCCACCCACCUUUCGGUCUCCAACACGUCCAGGCCGACUCUCAAAACCGUGCAAGCAGCCACUAUGGUCCUGCGGGUCGCCUCCUUCCUGCACACACACAUGGUAGUGUCGGCAGCAGUGCCUCCUCGGCAGAGGCUUCACGCAUACUAUUGUCGUCACCCUCUUCUGCGCACCUGAGAGUAUUGCUUACUGAAGUGAGAUUGCUUAAUUAUUUAGGAAAUUACGCCCACCUAACAAACUCAAAGGAUGGUGCGCUUCGGAACAUUUAUGGCCCCUCUACAGUCUAUGCUCAGCAACAGCAGCCUGAAUCUACUUUGACAAGAGUAGGGAUGGGUAAUAAAAAUGACAAUUUGGAAGUACGGUCUGGGGAGGGGUGCUUUCAGAAAGACUCUCAUGUGCCAGUUUCUUCUAAAUAUAACACUAACGAUGACAAAUCAGCCGGCUUGGACACAUGCAAACCGCGUUGUGAGACCAAACAAAGCGACUUAAUCAAUGCCAAACAGUGGCAAGAGGUAAUUAUACAGAGUCGCGCUGGGUCACGGGAGCAUGUCCAUGCGGUACAGCAAAUUCUUACAUAUUACGAGGAACAAGGGUAUCAAAGAGAGAAGAAUUGGGGUCAUAAAAUCCGAAGCUAUGUUGAAGCUUUGCAUUUUAAUACCCCCCACAAAACUGUUAAAUGUGAGCCAAGUGACAGCGAUGAGGGAACUUACGAUGCCUCGGGCGAGUUUCUUCUUUCUCCAGCCAUUUUCUCAACUACCGGAGUGCGUCCGGCAAAUGCAAUAAAUGUUCGGGCAUUGCUAUCCACUCCACAAAAUUUACACGUGAACACUCGAGUUAUAGAUUUCACUUCUUACUCAGGACACGCACAUCCGUCUUUAAAUAGCAUGUAUCACGAGGGGAUCGUCGCGGAAAGUUUGUUCUUGACUGAGCAGGAGCUCAUGCAAUUGGUUGUGGGAAGACCACGAAGCAGCCUUGAUGUUUACCGGCUGCUAGACAACCUGACUGAGCGCUUUGGUAGUGAUGAGGAAGCUGCAGCUCGGUUUGUUAACUUUAUCACGCACAUUUUUGGGACUUCUAUUGAUGAGGAUAAAGCGCUAAAUAAAAGCAUGAAAGAGUCUGAUGACACAUUAAUCGAAUUAAAACGUAUUAGUAUCAAUAAUUAA